AUGCAGCUAGAGUUCAAGAAGGUGUACCCAGUGUUUUCUUGGUCCUGGGAUAUUCCAGGCGAUGAUGACGCCGACAGAGAAAUUGGAGACGAAGAUCUAUGCGGCAUUUGCCGCGUAAGCUACAACGGAACUUGCCCCGGAUGCAAGUACCCCGGAGACAACUGCCCGCUGGUCAUCGGCGAGUGUAACCACAACUUCCACGUGCACUGCAUCCAGCAGUGGCUUGCGACGCCGACGGCCAAGGGUUUGUGUCCCAUGUGCCGCCAGCAAUUCUCGCUGAAGCGCGGCGUGGCAAUCAACGAAGGUCAGGUUGAAAAGCUCGCUAACCUGUUGCUUCAGCCGCGACCCGCAGCGCUCGCCGCGGACGACCAAGACAUGAUGAUGGAUCAGGAGUUUGCAGUGAGGUAG